UGCACAUAUACUAAUAUAUUCUCUUCUUAUCUCUUUUGUAGUAUUAGAGUUGAACUCAUCUCUGGUUGGUUUAUCAUUGACCUACUCUCUUCAGCUGAUGGAUGAUUUCCAGUGGGGCGUUAUACAGAGUGCUGAGGUAGAAAAUUCGAUGACCUCAACAGAGAGGGUUAUAGAAUACUCGCAGCUGAAGCCAGAAGCUUCUCUAGAGAAGGAGAACGAACCUGAUGCUGAUUGGCCGAAGCAUGGCAUCAUCACGUUUGAAGACGUCUCGGUCUCCUACAGCGACGAUGGACCUCUAGUCCUCAAGAACCUCAGAUGCUCUAUACGAGCAGAGGAGAAGGUUGGUAUCGUCGGUAGGACAGGAGCAGGUAAAAGUUCUCUGAUGGCUGCCCUCAUGAGGUUGACGGAGCCCAGGGGAAUCCUAAAGAUCGACGGUGUCACCAUCACAGAAAUCGGUCUCCAUGCCUUGAGGAAACGCAUAUCAUUUAUACCCCAGGAUCCUGUGUUAUUUAGUGGAACCCUCAGGAAGAACCUAGACCCAUUCAACCAUCACACAGAUGAGGAUAUGUGGAAUGCACUGGAAGAGGUCCAGCUCAAGCCUGUCGUGGAAGAAAACUCAGAGAAACUGGAGAUGGCAAUGUCCGAGGGAGGGACAAACUUCAGCGUCGGACAGAGGCAGCUGGUCUGCCUAGCGAGGGCGGUAUUACAUCAGAAUAAGAUCCUCAUUGUAGACGAAGCCACGGCUAAUGUAGACCCUAGGACUGACCAGUUGGUUCAACUGACCAUUAGGAAGAAGUUCAGGCAGUGUACAGUGCUGACCAUUGCCCAUAGACUCAAUACCAUCAUGGAUAGUGACCGUGUCUUGGUGCUGGACCAGGGUCGUAUCAUAGAGUUUGAUGAACCCUAUGUCCUCCUCAAGGAUGAAAAGAGCCUAUUUGGAUCCAUGGUGGUGGAGACAGGAAAGUCUGAGGCUGCCAAGCUCCUUGCAGUGGCCAGGGCAGGGUACUACGAGAGGAACCCCUCCAACCCGUAUGACUUUGACAUCGACGGUGACCUGAAUGAGAGCUCUGCAUGAAAGGGUCAAAGGACAGGAGGUCACAAAGUCAUCACAAAGGUCAUGAGGUCAUUAAAGCUUUAAGUAUUGGAGAAAUGAGAUGGGGGUGUCUGAUGUCGCACGUGUUUAUUGACCUGGAAUUGACUGGACGGAUAUUGACCUUAUUCAUGAUAAAUAUGAAUGAGAAAUUACUUUCCGUAAUGAAGAUAUGAUCAUGAGUUGAUUUUUAGAAAAUUUCACAAAAUGGCGCCUGGAUGACAUCACGAUAAUCUGAUGAACUUGAAAAUGUUUUGGAUACGUCUUAUAACAAGGACCUAUGACUGUGCCAAAAUUGAAAGAAAUUGACCUUACCGAUUUUGAGUAAUCAUCAGCACAAAAAGUGCGGAGAAAUAAAAAAAAGAAAGAAAGAAAGAAAAUUCUGACAAAAUCAAUAGGUAGUCUGUCUAUGACAGAGCACCUCAUUUUACCUAAAGAGUGCCUUGAUGAUAUAUGUUCCCUUUUUCAUUUAAAUUAAGACAGCUAAAAGUACUUAACUUAAUUGAAGAAAAGUUGCAAUACCAAUAAUGGAAGUGAAUUUUUACACGUUAUAUAUCGCAUUUAAUGUACCAAUGUUUGUUUUUGUAUUUCUGUUCUUGUAAAAUAUGUCUGAGUGUUAUAUCUUAAUAUUAUGUUUGCAAAACAACAAUGAUCCGUGUCAAAUGUACGUAAGGCAAAUAUUAUGAUUGAAAUGUAAUGGUGUAAUGAUGAACAGAUUUCGCGUUUGGACAAAGUGUUUGCAAAAUUAGAUGAAUUUGGGUUGAAAGUGAAAGGUAAAAAAUGUUUUCUAUUUCAAGAUAGGAUUCAUUACUUGGGGCAUGUAGUAGAUGCUAGUGGCAUUCGAGUGGAUUAGAGCAAAAUUGUCAAAAUUCAAAAUUGGCCUAUCCCUCAAAAUGCUGAUCAGUUACGUUCAUUUUUAGGAUUAGCUGGAUAUUAUAGACAUUUUGUUAAUAAUUUUGCUAAGAUAGCUGUACCAUUGUUUCAGUUAAUUCCCCCUUUAGUAAAAGGAAAGAAGGGAAAACUACCUAAGUUUGAGUGGAAUGCUCUAAUGAACGAUUCAUGUAAUUUGCUCAAAAAAAAUUGAUUCAGGCACCAGUUUUGAGUUAUCCGGAUUUUUCAAAAAGUUUUGUUUUAGAAGUUGAUGCUUCCCUGAAAGGUUUAGGGGCUUGCUUAUCACAAGUAGGGGAGGAUGGAAGGCGUCAUCCCAUAGCAUAUGCUAGUAGGCAAUUAAAAGAAACAGAAAAGAAAUACCCAGAUUUAAGUUCAUUUAAAUUAGAGUUGUUAGCAUUAAAGUGGGCAGUAGUGGACAAGUUUAGAGAUCACUUAUUAGGAGUCCCAUUUGUAAUAUUUACGGAUAACAAUCCGGGGCUACCGAGAUACGUUGGGUAGCCCAGUUGGCACCUUUUAAUUUUGGAUUAAGUUUAGAUCAAGUGUUAAGAAUAGGUGUGCUGAUGCCCUUAGUCGGUACCCAGAGUAUCCAAUUGUCAAUCAUGAUGAUAUUACAAAAGAAGUUUUGCAUUCAUCUAUUUUUAGAAUUCAGCAGGAUCGUGUAGAACCACUCACACCCCCUUCCAACCCUCCUAGUUUAUUUCCUUCUCUAGGUAACAUUAAGUUAGGGCUAAUGCAGAGGGAGGACUCUGUGCUUGGUUGUAUUUAGGCGCGUGUGGAGUAUCGUUGGAAACCUGGGGAAUACUAGGCUCCAUCCGCAUCCGAAUCACCAAGAGUGAAACAACUCCUUAAGCAGUGGUCCUGUAUAGACGUAGAAGACAAUUUAUUAGUUUGACAUAUCUCAGAUCCUAUUUUGGGAAAGAUUACCCAAAUACUAUUACCCGAUUGUUUGCAUGAAGAAGUUCUGGUAAAAGCCCAUUCAGUUUGGGGGCAUCAAAGAAGAGAGAGAACUUAUGCGUUAUUACGUCGAAAAGUUUUUUGGUCGGGAAUGUCGAGGGAUGUAGCUAAACACGUCGCUCGAUGUAAACAUUGUUGCAUCACAAAAGAGAGAUAACCCAAAUUAAGAACACCCCUUAGACAUCUUUUGGCAUUUAGUCCAUUGGAAGUAGUCGCGAUAGAUUUUGUUAAAAUAGAUAAAGGUAAAGGUGGUUUUGAGGAUGUUUUAGUUAUAACGGAUGUGUAUUCUAAGUUUACUCAGGCAGUGCCUUGUAAAGAUCAGAAGGCCACCACUGCAGCCAAAGUAUUACAGGAGCAUUGGUUUUUUAAGUUUGGUAUCCCAAAUAGGAUUCAUAGUGAUCAAGGUAGGAAUUUUGAAUCUUUGAUUAUUGCAGAGUUAUGCAAGUUGUAUGGUAUAAGGAAGUCCCAUACUACCCCCUAUCAUCCGCAAGGUAAUGCUCAAGCAGAGCGAUUUAACUGUACACUUUUCGGGUUAAUUAAGUCCUUGAGUGUCCAAGACAGGCACAAAUGGCCAGAAUUAUUGCCACAUUUGGUUUUUGUAUAUAACACCACCCCUCAUACUUCUACACGGGCUACUCCAUAUUCACUAAUGUUUGGGAGGCCUGCUAGCAUUCCUUUAGAUUUUUUAUUAGGUAAAAAUUUAAUUGAUUGGGAUCAACACUUUGUGGAGACUCAAGCGGAGUUUUAUUUCCGAGCUAAGAGCAUAGUAGAAGAUAAUGUUAAGACUGUAGCUAAGCGUAAUAAGAAGUGUUAUGAUAGAGGCAUACAUGUACCUCCUAUUCAACCAAGUGUUGGUUCUGUAGUAUACCUUAAGCAAUGUGCUUUUCCAGGUCGUCAUAAAGUUAAGGAUACUUAUAUGAAAGAUCCUUUUGUUGUAGUUUGGAUUAAUGAACAUGAAGAUGUAUUUAGGAUUCGCCCAAUGCAUGGCGGUCCUGCCAGAAUGGUGCAUCAUACUUUAUUAAGGAUGUCACCCUUUGGUGAUGAACCAGAUGUUCAUGUUCGUAGUGAGGAUACAAGUAGUUCCGAAGAGGAAUAUGAGGUCAGGUUAAAGUUUCCUAAUAUACAACAAGCCAGAAGUGGGGUAACUAUUACUAGGGACGCUCCUCCUCCUCACUGUUCGGCGCGUGCCACACAAGGCAAACGUUCAAAUCCAUAUGGUCUACCCAAAUCGGUUAGAUAAUGUAAUUCAAAUUUUUUUUCUGUUAUUGGAAAAAAAUGUUUGAUGUUAUAAUUCCUUCUUUGACUAUACAUCUGGUCACUUGUUUUGGAUAAGCAUUUUUUUUAGAGGCUGGGCGCUCCUAACGAUGUUUUUUUUACUAUUUUCAUGAAAUACCUGUUAUUUGGUCAUAGUUUUGUGAGACGUCUCACAGGUAGAGUGCAUGGCACUUUGCGAGUCCCAAUAGAUCAGGGCAUUUGAGGGUCGAGUGUUUUGGCCAGGGAGGAUUAUCCUUCGACAGGAUACAUUCCAGACGAGAAUAUUAUCUCAAUUACAUCCAGUCCUCACUGAUGUCCAGAUGUACUUAUCUUGGACAUGGGGACCAAUGAUUUGUUUUGCUCUGUGGGAGUUCUUGGAGGAGUUGGGUCGCCGGGGGGUAAAGCCCUUGGUGACCGUUAUCCUCCCGGUGCUCCCACGGACAAAUGUGUUCCGGGGUAGCCGUGUAU